UCAAUUCAUGAACCAGAGUUGCUCUCGUAAAAAUAUUGAUGUUCCAAAACGUCAAUUAUAUUUAUCGAUUAAUUUCUAACUUUCUUAUUUUGUAUAAUAUUACUUUUAAGUGUUCAUAUUCUUGACUGGUCAAACGUUUUCGUAUAGGCACUCUCUUUGGCCACGAAUAGCGUCCUAUCUCUGGGAGCGGAUUUGAAAUUUAAAACAAACUUGCUUUGUCUGUCAGGUUAGUGAAAAGAGAGCAAAUAGCUGUUACAUUUUAAAGUACCUCAAUGAAAACCUAACUAGUUUAAUUGCAUGCACGAUUUUAGUUGAAUUAAACUCAGGAUGUGUGUCCCCUGAGAAGUUAAAGUUAGCUGUAUGACCAAUUUGCUCCCAGUUAUGGAUGCGGGUGAAAAACAGCCCACUUCUUGUGCAGAUAGGAAGUUAUCCGAUAUCCUAAGGCCUGCCUCAAUCGAUGACUUUGUUGUUUUGAAGCCCAUCGGCCGUGGUGCCUUUGGAAAGGUUUACCUUGCACGGAAGAAAUGUAAUCCACGAUUAUAUGCAAUCAAGGUGGUGAAGAAAUCUGACAUGCAUGACAAAAAUUUGUCAGGUCAGAUGAAGGCAGAGAGAGACGCAUUGGCCCUCAGCAAAAGUCCCUUUGUCGUACACCUCUUCUACUGUCUCCAAACAGCAACAAAAGUGUAUUUGGUGAUGGAAUACCUAAUUGGAGAAGACGUGAAAUCCCUUCUUCACACCUACGGGUAUUUUGAUGAGGAUAUGUCAGUGAAAUACAUUUCAGAGGUGGCACGUGCUUUAGACUACCUCCAUCGCCAUGGAAUCAUCCACAGGGACCUGAAGCCGGACAAUAUGCUUGUAUCUAAUGAAGGUCACAUCAAGCUUACAGACUUUGGCCUCUCCAAAGUCAAGCUUGACAGAGAAUUGAGUCUUGCCGAUAUCUUGACUACCCCAUCUUUGGCGAAGCCUAGACAGGAUUAUUUCCGCACCCCUGGUCAAGUCCUGUCUUUGAUCAGCUCUCUUGGACUUAACACACCAGCAGAAGAGCAAGCGUCGCAGCAGCGCCUUCCGUUCAGCCCUGUGUCAUGUGGGAAAACUGAUCAGCGGAAAAACUCACUCUGUUCACCCUUGAGGAGACGGAUGGAAUAUCUGCGUUCCCCUGUCUUGCAUAGCCAGACUUUGGGACCCGACAGCUUUGUGUUCAGCCCAAAUGCGUUGACCAAGAGCCUGACUCCCAGGCUGCUUAAGUCCAGACGGAGGUUUGACACAAUGAGCGCAGGCAGCAGCCAAUCAUGUCUCUUUCCCUCCACCAUGGACUCUGAGGGAGGUGUCAGCCCACUAUGGGAGGUAGAGCAGAAGGAGAGGGAGAACUUCCUGCACCUAUAUGGUAGGAAUACCAGUGGACCAACAAAAGGAAAGUCGACCUCUGAUAUGCGACUGCAGCGUCGGGACUCUGCUCUGGCGUCGUUAGACAACUUAGACCUACGUGGACAGCUCCACCGAGAACCCAGUACUGGUGUACUGUCCAGGAAGGCCAAAGAGGAACCUCUUGCUUGGAAGAGGCUUCAGUUUAACGAGGUAGCGCAGUCUACCCCACCCCAGAAGCCUGAUCUCUCUCUCAACCAAUCAGAGGCUAUGUUUCUGGAGUUGAAGGUCACUGUGCCACCGAAGGUAAACAAAAGGAAGGCCAUGUUACUUUCUGAAGGCACAUGGUAUUCCUCAGCAGGUUCUGAACAGUUGGAAUCCCUUUCCAAGAAGAGCGACUCAGCGUACCAGAGGUGUUAUGGCGUCCCAGAUAUUGCUUUGAAGAAUCGCACUGGUCUGACAGGGGUGUUUGCAAAUGUCCAUUUGGAGGUGUUUGGAUCUGAGGGUCAAGAGACUUCUGAAGGCCAGGCCACUAAACUUUCCAGUCCCAUCGCUUUGGCUAAAAACCUCCUGUGUGAGUUGGACGGACCAGCAGAGGGGGUCUUCAUCUAAGGCACGUCAUUUGGUGAAGACCACGAGCUGAGCAGGAGCCUGUGCGCAGACUCUAAGGGGUCGGCUCAUGAAAUGUCCAUCGACAACAGCCCAACCCCAAAGAGGUCGGCUCAAAGUGCCAAAGAGGGGCAUUGGGCAUUGUCCGAGCUAGACGAUAGACCAUAUGACCCAGUAAUAUCACCCAGUAGCCCACUCCUUCCUCAGCCACCCAUCUUCGCUCGUACAGGAACGGCAAGGCCGGGCAACGGGCUCACCCUGAGAGGAGGCGAAUCCAAACGCUCCUUCCUCGACCAAGUCCCUGAGAUGCACCCCAGGGUGGCCAUGUCACCCUCGUUCCUCAAGCCCAGGAACGCGGUGGUCUUCCGGAGCUACUGCAGCUCCAUCAACUGCUCCAACAUGUCGGGGAGCUCACGCCUCAGCCUGGGCUCAGUGGAGGCCAUGGAUAUGGCCACCUCAACCUCCUACCACAGUAUGCCCUCCGCUGUCACACCGGUCCAGAACAGACCCAGCUCCAACAACUCCCUCGAUCAGGUAGAUGCACAGUCAAAAUCCAAGGGUGGAGGAUACAGAGUCAAGAUUCAGGGGUGGAGGUUACAGAGUCAAGAUUCAGGGGUGGAGGUUACUGAGUCAAGAUUCAGGGGUGGAGGUUACUGGGCUAAGUUGAAAAUGUUGAGGAGGGGUCUUACUGUCUCUAUUGCCCCCUCCCCCCAAGACUGCAUGGUGGACUGGUGGGCCCUGGGUGUGUGUCUGUUUGAGUUCCUUACUGGUGUGCCCCCCUUCAACGAUGAAACCCCUCAGCUUGUCUUCCAGAAUAUUCUCAACAGAGAUAUUCCAUGGCCCGAUGGUGAGGAGGAGCUAUCCCACAAUUCCCAAAAUGCCAUAGAGAUUUUACUCACCGUGGACAUGAACAAACGGGCUGGUUUCAAAGAACUUCGGAGCCACACUCUGUUUGCGGGUUUGGACUGGGAUAACCUUCAGAACCAGACCAUGCCCUUCAUCCCUCAGCCGGAGGAGGAAACGGACACGUCCUACUUUGACGCAAGAAACACUGCGCAUCACAUCGUGAUGUCUGGCUUCAGUCUGUAGGUUCUCCAGGGUUCGGGUCCAUUUAGGAAGUACACUGAAAUUCCAAUUCUCUUCAAAUGAAAAUUAUAUAUAAAUAAAGUUGAUUUUUUAAAUAUUUGUA